ACAGACACGCACGCAAAAUCAUAAGUGAAUGACGGCAGGUCGCCAUGGAAACUGCGUUACGCUCCGGGCGAGCGUAGAAGAAAACAAGAGCGGUGGGGGACAGAAGAGCAGCAGCAGUGCGGGUGUGGACGUCCACAUAACAGAACCACGACGCCGUCACAGCAUCCCAACACGUGAAUCACGGUGGUGGUGCCGGUUGGUUCGAUCCCGCUGCGAGACCGUAGGAGACAGCCAGCCGCGCUGCCUCAGCAACAGGGCAGUAGCAUGUCGGAAACCAAAUCCAGCCAGCGGUUCCACAGCUUAAAGCCGGAGCAAGUGGCAGUUCUCCAUCAAGUUCUGUCAGACAUCGUCCCCAUCCACGGCCGUGGUAAUUUCCCAACACUGGAGCUCCGCCCUCGUGACAUCAUCAUCGCUGUGCGGGCCAGUUUGCAGAAGCAAGGAAUCACUGUAAGAGAUGUGCGUCUAAAUGGCUCUACAGCUAGCCACGUUCUGGUCCAAGACAACAGAAUGAGCUACAAGGACCUAGAUAUCAUCUUUGGGGUAGAGCUGCCCAGUCAGGAAGAGUUUCAGGUGAUCAAAGAGUCAGUGCUGGGCUGCUUGCUGGACUGCCUACCAUCAGGGGUCAACAGAGAGAGGAUCAGCAGCGCCACAAUGAAAGAGGCCUACGUCCAGAAGAUGGUGAAGGUCUUCAGUGAGCACGACCGCUGGAGCCUCAUCUCGCUGUCAAACAACAGCGGCAAAAACCUGGAGCUCAAAUUCGUAAGCGUGCUGAGGAGGCAGUUUGAGUUCAGCGUUGAUUCCUUCCAAAUCAUUCUGGAUCGUCUUCUUGAGUCCUACAUGCAGCAGGAGUCACAGCAUAAACUUAAUGAUGUUACUCUAAGGGACCAAACGGAGGAAACUAAAGACGCUGCGCUUCUGCUUAAACAGACCAGCGAUGCACAAACAGAAAAAUCCACCAGCCAAGAUGUAUCCAAUAUAGAAAAAGCAACUCACUUUGGCAACGCAGACCAGAGAGAUGAGAUGCGUGCAAAGAAUGCCCAGAGCGAAAAUGGUUUGAAAGUGACAAAAUACACCAUGCCGCAAGGAGAUGACACAGACAAACCAACCACAGAGUUAAAACAGAACAGAGCAAACGUUAGUGAACCAAAGCCUAUGGCGAACACAUCUUUAAACAUGAUGUCAAGAGAGAAACAAACUACUGAGCGCACUGAAACUCAGACGCAACUAAAAAUCGAUGACUUAACAGAAUGCCCGACAAACGUGGAACAAUCAGAAAUGACCCAUUUAAACCGUGCAACAACAAUUGUGGAAGAGGACAAACUCACAGGGAAAACUGAACUGGAAAAAAACCCACAGUCUGUCCAGACAGAGCCGAUAGAGGACUGUGACAAUAAAGAGCCGUCUGAAAGAAUAAAGGUCCCUAAGCGUUUAAAUGAGGAUACCAACAAUGAAACACAAUGCGUGUAUACACCAAAUGUUGAUACAUCUUUACAAGUGAGAGCAGACACUAAUUUAGAAGAUGAAAUAGAAGUUGAGAUUGAGAUGCAGUUGGAAGCGAAUAUCAAAAAUGAAACAGAAAAUAGUGACAUUUUAGAAGAGACUUUAACAUCAGAGGACAAUACAGACGGCAUGCAGAGAGAUGACUGUUUCUGUUCCACGUCUGCCACAAAACCUUCACACAACAACACACAGGAUUCACACAGGACACUGCAGAUUGAAAGAUCACCUGACAGCACCAUAGACACUCAGGACACACCCGCAACACCUGACCUUGUUUUUGACAAAAAGACCUGUAAGCCCUCAGAAAGACUCUCUCACAUGGUGGUGCUCAAACGGGCAUCUCCUAAACCACCACGUAGGAUGUGUAGAAAGGUUCCCCCCACUCUUUGCACCGGCCUGGCUCCUGAGAGUGACACCAUAACAGCUUCCUGUCUAGAUCCAAACGCUUCCCCAGGCCCUCAACUUGAACUUAGUGAAAAUCUAAAUAUUGAGUCCGCACCUGUUGUCGACACAGAAGCCACCAUCUUGAUCAUACAAGCCAAUGGGUCUGAAAGCAGCACAGACAGUAACCCUCCGUCAAAUCUGGACUCCAACUUCACUCCUGAUCCCACCCUUGAACUACCUCAAGAGCUAUCAUCUUCUCAGUUGAUUUCAGAGGGUUCGUGUGAGACACAUAUUCAAAGCCAGGAUGAGAGAUCACAAAUGGACGAGCGUACGCAGUCUUCCGAUGCAGAUUCUGCCCUGCCACUGACACAGUUUGACUCUCCCAAUACCUUGGACUCAUUAGUUUUACACACAGACGAGUCCUGUUCCAAUGUCCAAGAGUCCACAUAUACCUCAGAAGCUGAACCUAAAGAGGAAGAGGAGAACACAAAUUUACUGGCCAACUUUGUAGGGUCAAAUGAGACCCCUCAAGAGACCUCAAUACCUCCUUACAAUACCCUUGAUUCUUGUCCCCAGCCUCCUGUACUCAGUCUGUCCCCACCCUGCUUCACUCCCUCCCCACCAAGCAUCAGCCCCCCGACAUGCUUAAACCCUCCCUCCCACUGCCUGUCUUCAAUGCUGCACACCGUCAGCCCAGUAACCAGUUUUAGCUCUCCACCCCUGAGCUUCAGCCCUACCUCGUCCUGCCUCAGCUCACCACCUUACCUCACCCCUCCUAUACUCAGCCUCAACCCUUCCCCUCUUUGUCUAACUCCUCCUUCUCCAUCCCUCAGCCCUCCCCUUCUCUGCUUCACUCCUCCAAUGGAACCAGAGGAUCCUAUACUUCAGGUAUCAUCAGACGCACCUUUGAUAAACACAGACAGUGAUCAACAGAUUACAUUGCAAGGAUUCCCUGUUCUUCAACCAGAGGAUGAAAUGGAGCAGAAUGUUGUUUCAUUGUCAUCACAGCUUCCAGAGACCGUCUCUUUUCCAAUUUCCAGUGCAACCUCGCAUGCACUGACUCACUCUCAGUGUGACCUGAGGGAACCCACCCCUCUAAAUGCAGAGGAGGGAUCCAGCGCUGUGUCUGAGAACAAUGGGAUUCAGAAAAAGACUGAAGAAACCGCAGCUCCUCAGGCAGAAAACUGCAUUCCUGCUGUCGAGGUUCUGGCAGAGAGCAUGUAUGGUGACUUUGAGGCCGCCAUGGACCACCUGCGCUAUCGCUUAAUCGCUACGAGGAAUCCUGAGGAGAUUCGAGGUGGCGGCUUGUUGAAAUACAGCAACCUACUGGUUAGGGACUAUCGACCAGCCAGUGAGACUCAAAUAAAGACACUGGAGCGCUACAUGUGCUCACGCUUUUUUAUUGAUUUUCCUGAUGUGCAGGAGCAGCAAAGGAAGAUCCUGUCCUACUUGAAGAAUCACUUCAUCGGUGAGGAGAGAAGCAAGUACCAGUACCUAAUGACUCUACGUCGUGUGGUCGACGACAGCACCGUGUGUCUGAUGGGUCAUGAGAGGAGACAGACUCUCAACAUGAUCACAGUGCUGGCAUUAAAAGUUCUGGGGGAGCAGAACAUUAUCCCCAACACAGACCACGUGACAUGCUUCUAUCAGCCUGCCCCGUAUCUUGCCGAGCACAGCGCCCCCUAUUUAACAGAACCGAGUUACUGCAGCUACUACAUACCCCAAGGGGCAUCAACUCUCCUUUAUCAACCAUACCCGUUACACCUGCACACACAGACCGGACUUGUUUAAGUCAUGCAAACAUACUUGUAAUUAUUAAAAAAAACAAAAAAAAAACAGCGAAAGGCAAUGAUGCUUGUCCAUCCCAUCCAUUUUCUACCGCUUAAUCCCUUCGGGGGGUGUUGGAGCCUAUCUCAGCUACAAUCGGGCGGAAGGCGGGGUACACCCUGGACAAGUCGCCACCUCAUCACAGGGCCAACACAGAUAGACAGACAACAUUCACACUCACAUUCACAUACUAGGGCCAAUUUAGUGUUGCCAAUCAACCUAUCCCCAGGUGCAUGUCUUUGGAGGUGGGAGGAAGCCGGAGUACCUGGAGAGAACCCACGCAAUCACGGGGAGAACAUGCAAACUCCACACAGAAAGAUCCAGAGCCCGGGAUUGAACCCCGGACUGCUCAGGACCUUCGUAUUGUGAGGCAGACGCACUAACCCCUCUUCCACCGUGCUGCCCAAUGAUGCUUGUAUUAAUGGUAAUUGUAGAGAAUUGUGGAGAAUGGUAAAAAUCUGACUUUUGACCUAAAAUAGACAUGUCGUGGGUGGUUAUAUGGGUAAACUCCAUCUUGAAAUUCUGACAAGAAAGAAGAAGAAAAAAAAAAAAGUUUGAUAUUGUGCCCGACAAUGCUGUGCGCACCUGUGGUGUCCCUGACACUAAAAAUGGGUUCCUUCAUGCACACUUAAAUGCACUUCCAUGUCCUUGGAAUCCUAUGUAUCCUCAUAUUCUUACUGUGGUGUUCUUACUGGGUUUGUUUGGAAUGUGGACCUUGCCUGUGGUUAAUAUUGUGCAUGGAUAACCUGGGACUAUUCUCUCACUGCCAAAUCCUGUGUGACUAUGUUCUUCAGACAGUUUAAUGUAACUUAAAUUUACUUAAAGAAGUAUACAAGAUUGGGUUUACCAUUGUGUAAAGUGCUAUAUUCAAAGUACAUGCAUGCACAACUACAGACACACACGUGAAUUUUAAUGUACGGGAAUUUAGACAAUGCAUGAGUAGCUAAAUAUACAUAUAUAACACUAAGCAAAGGCUUUUAAUUGAAUAGAAAAUUUAUAUAUUUUUGCAAGAAUUUCCCUAAAAAUACUCAGCGGUAAUCCUACUGGUUGUACACCACGCCAAAAACAAUGCCUUUCUGAUAGACUGUACAGCAUAUUGGUUGCUGUCUGUUGUGUGUGAAUACAAUCCAUGGUUUUCAGGUAAAUUGUAACAAAAUGUGCCAGAGUCCUUUCUGUCGUUGCGUGAAGUAUACUGAACCAUUUCGUAGUUUGAUUUAUUUAAGGCAAAAGUUUAUUCUGCGGAGGUGGUCAGACUGAAAACCGUCUUUGGGUCAUUUCCAAGCAUUGGCAGCAGUAAAAUAACUGCUGUGAUCUCUUCUCGCGAUCCAAUUUGUUACAAUAUCAGAAGAGGCUCAACCUUUUUUAAUCUAAUUUAAGGUAACAACAACUCUGACCAAAGAUGGUAGUGCAGGGAAAUCAAGUGCCUAAAAAUGUGAGACGUCCUUGGAAUGCCUUUAUCUUACUGAGCUUGGGGGAGGUUACAGGUUUUGUGUUUAAUUGUUGACCCCUGUUACUGCUGCCUGUUUUGAUGUAUUCUUUAAUGUAGUCAUUGGUUGUAGUUCAUUCAUGUCUUUUUUCUAAUAAAGGGAUUACUCAACAAACCUUUCAAAUUGAGAGAUUUUUUUUCAAAAAAACAAUCCCAAAGUUGCUUUGUUUUUAUGUUAUUUGCCAUCAACAAUACUUCAGUUUUUAUUGUCUAGCUCAGUGAUUUUCAACCUUUUUUGAGCCAAGGCACAUUUUUUGUGUUGACAAAA